CUCCCUGUGCCAACAGCGGUCCUUGCAUUGGUGUUCCAUGAAAGACUGGUGUCCUGCUCCAGGAGCAGCCCCCCUCUGCUGGACAAGGAACUUGACAGUUCCACGUCAGCCAAGGACGAUGUUCAAGGACAUGGGGGAGUCUUCGACUGCUGUAGGCCUGAAAUUCUCCGAGGUCAACCUGCUACUUUCUUCGUCAUUCAUGCCCUAGGUGGAGCAAUUGUUUUCAUUACCGACGGAAUUAUAGGCUCCUAUGCUGGUUUUGUCUACACCUACGCGGUCUCCCCUCCUCUGCUGAUGGGCCACAAGACAGCAGGCUGUCUGGACAGCGUAUUUUGGGCCUCAGUCACAGCAGGAAGACUAUCUUUCAUCUUCCUCUCCUACAAAUACACAGCACCUCUGCUGCUCUCAAUUUGCCUGGUGGGCGUCAUUCUGGUUCACAGCCUGCUGCUGAUCUUCUACACCAGUCAUGUGUUUCUUUUCAUUGGAACCUGUGUGCUGGGACUUUGUAUCAGCAGUGUGUUCCCCUCCAUGCUGGCUUUUACAGAAGACAUUUUGGAUUACAAAGGGUCUGCCACAACAGUCCUGGUGACUAGUGCCAGCACAGGAGAGAUGAUGCUACAGUUGCUUGUUGGAUCGGUAAUCCAGAGUAAAGGCAGCUACUCCUUCCUGCUUUGUACUACCAUAACGUCCUGCAUCGGCUUCUUUCUGUUCCUGCUGCUUCUCUACACCCAUUGUGUUCACAGCAACCAUCAACCAGAUUCAUCUAGAUGUGUGGACCUGAAAGAGCAGCCAAACUCUGGAGGCUCCUGAUCAACACACGUCUGACCCACAGAUCAGCGCAAAGGAAGAAGAAUCCUCUCUGGACGCUCGUCUUCAUCGGGACACUUGGAUUGGAUGUGUGAUUUACCUUAAAAUGGGAGGAUCCGUAUGAGCAGCUCUGUGGUUGACGUUAUAGAAAAUUUCAUUAUCAAGUAGCAGCUUUUGGGUAUAACCACAUAGUGGCAGGCAUGGGCCAGUAUGACAGUCUCAUGGUACAACCUGAAGUAAUGAAACCGUUGAAUCUAGAACAUGAUCUUUUAUUUAAAACAGAGCUACAAUUGAUUCUCCUGCUGCUAAUUUAACAUUAUAAUGUUCUCUAUUGUUUUAAUUUUGAUACAUAGCCUUCAGCUAAAGUAAUGAAUAAGCAUUUAAUUUUACUUUUCAGGUAUGUAUUGAGAAUGUUUUGCUGUUCUACUCUUAAUAGCAUAGAAAAAUGGAUUUCAUGUGAUUAAGUUCAGCUGUUUGGAAAGAUUGUUGCCAAAAACACAACAGGCCAAAUCUGUCUUUUAUGUGAGUGACAGAGAAGUGUAGCAGUGCUUAGUUCCUUGAUGCUGUAGAGAUCAACUCCAGUUCUCGAGGGCCGGUGUCCUGCAGCUUUUAUGCGUCUCUGAUUCAACACAUCCGAGUCAAACAAUCAGGUCAUCAGCAGGACUCUGGAGAACCAGGGCUACAUCUAAAAGUUCUAAUUAUAAGCUCCUGUUCCUUGACCUUUCAUGGGGUCAACAGUAAGAACUCUAUCUUCGGUAGGAAAUGAGCUUCGGACUGCUGU